CCGACGCAGACCGUGUCUAGGCGACGGCGCGGACGCCGACCUGGGGCUGGGGACGCCGCCGACGGACACGGCACGGCCUUCUCUCCGUUUUUUGUCAGAAAGGCAGUACGUAAAAGGUUUUACAUAUAUAAGUCACGAUGAACAUCAACUCAGCAGGUCAGACCACAGGAAAGCAGAAAAUAAAAGAGAAAGAGGCUGCUAAAAUUCGAUAUAGCCUGUUAGGUCUAAAGAUUGAUCCUGAUCAGAAAGCAAGGGGCAAGCUGAGGAUGCCGGCAAAUGUAGCAGCUUUCUAUGGCCCUCCCACAGCUGAGGAUCCUCUGGUUGUGUUGGAUGUCAGGGAUCCAAGUGACAUUCCUUGUGUCACUCUGAUGCGGGACUGUAUACAUGAGAAUGUUCUUCAUGCAAGAAUUCUGAUGGAAAGGGAUCCCUAUUUACUUGUCCUUGUUGAAAAUUAUACUGGAUUGUUGUCGACAUAUCUGAGAACAAUCGAAGCACACAUACCCGACUCUGAACAGAUGUCUGAUCCUCACAUGAUGCCAUCAUUGACACUUCAGCUUAUUUUCACUCAGAUGAUUGAUGGAUUGCUUGCUUUGUUUAAACAUGGCAAGUGUCACGGGAACUUGAAAUUGGAGAACACGUGCUACAUGAAGACAAGGAAUGGUGACAUCAUCACAAAGCUUACAGGCUUCAAAGAUCGUAAAGUUUCAGCUACAAAGCCUGUUUCACACUACCAGGCUGAGGAUAUAAGGUCUGUUGGCCACGGGUUGAUUGAAAUUACUGAAAUAGCUGAGGAUUUCAAUAAGCAAGGCUAUUCGCUGGAUUGCUUCCAAAUUGAGCACCUUGCCCAAAGGCUGAAAACUGUCUCCCCGGGAGAUUUGUAUAUCACCAUCGAAGAGAUAAGGUCAUAUCCUUUCUUUUGGACAGAAGUUGAGAGGAGUUUCUUUUUCGUUUCUGAAGUUCCGCUCGCUCUGCACAACAAGUUAGUAAGAUCAUCGAUACAAAAAGAGCAGGACUUGUGUGACCUGCCUUGGAACUGCAAGCACUACAAUGGCUUUCUUCAACUUAUGAUUGAUUACCGUCGAAACAACAAAUUGCCUGCAUAUGACUUUGAUAGCAGAGUUGAUUACGUGCAAUUUAUCAGUGGCCUGUACACCCAUCAAAGUCAACUUACGAAUCCAUAUGGUAAUGUCGACACAACUGUCAAGUCAACGAACCCACGUCUGUAUGCAAUCUUAUACUCUUUGCUUCCCCGUGGUCCAGGACGCAUUAGACAGGAUUGAUGUCAAGUCUUGCAGAUUGUCGACCAUGCAAGACUGACGAUUCCGGUCACAGCCAGUGAUGUGAGGACUAUGCUUCUGCCCAACAGAGAUGAAGACUUAACUUGCCUGCAGUGCAGCUAUGCUAUGACCCUUUGAACUCCUCCAGGACAUCACGUUGCGCAUCUUCCGAUUGGUGUCAUAUUUAUAUGUUGUCAUCUGGCUCAGGGGACAUUAAUGAUCUUUUUCGUUGGAACUUUGAGAUGCUGACAUGUGUUAGAUACCAGACUUAUGUUGUACGAGUGUACUACGUGUUGCUUGGUUUGGAGGUAGGGUGAGUUGGGGAUAGAAUAUUCAAGCUUGUACUUUGUUUUUGAGUAAUGGGGAUAUGAAGUCGGUACCAUAUAAGGGUGUUCGAUCUCAGUUGCAUGCAUGCAUUGGCCUUGGCGUACAACCAGGAACCUUUAUUAAUUGCAUCAUCUUCAGUGGUAGGCAAUAUUUGAACAAGGUAUGUUAGCGACCAA